GUCUGAUGGGAAUGCAAAGACAGAGAGAGAGAGAGAGGCAGAGAGAGACAGAGGGCAGGGAAGAUUGCUGAGUGACUGACAAGCCUGUCAACCAGGUGGAGUUAGUAGCAGUCUGGCAGGAAUUAUCACAAUGACAUAGCUGUGUUUGUGUUACCAAGUGUGGAACUGGAUUGCACCUGAUCUUUUCACAGAAGGAGAGGCAACCUUAGGGCCCUGUGGACUCCCCACGACCACCACUAGGACCAGACUUGACAGAGUGGAAUUUCCCUCCUCUUCCCUGGCUGGAGCCGGGGGCAGAUGGUCACUCUGAGAGUUUGAGCAGAACUCAGGAAGGAGCAGCGAGAGGAAGGGUGGGAGGAGGUCCAGAGAGGGAGAGGAAGAGAAACGAGGAGUGGACAGAAGAGGAGACAUGCAUCGGUACGCUUCAGGACGAACUGUUUCCACCACCACCACCACAACAGAGGACUCUCCAGAGUCUACAAGUGAGAGGAGGAUCAGACGCCUCCGGUUAACUCUACACGCUGGAGAUAAUGGAAACAAGGAGCCCAAAACCUCAAACUCAGACACAGCUGAGAAAGAGAAGGCUGUCAAUGGGGCAUGGAAGAAGAAGAAUGGGCUGAUCCAAAGAGAGAGGCCAGCUGGCAGGGAGUCACCUCAGCAGCACCUCGGAGAUAUGACCAAUGGGGUGCCAGAGACCUCGCUGCAGCAUCAUGGGCCCAAAGUGUAUGGCGUAGUGCAGCGGAUGGGUUCGGACAGACAGCAGGAGGUGAUGGCACGCGAGUGGGCGGCCAGUCACCUUCAGGAUGAGAUGAAGUACAUCAGGGAGGUGAGAGAUUCUUUGGAGAAGGUGAGAGAGCGGAUGUACGGGCAGUUCGGAGGAAUGCAGCAAUCAAUGCAGAAGCUUUCACAGGAAAUCAGGGCUGCCAAUUCACAUCGCAGGAGUCUGGAGUCAGAGGUGAGGGUCCGGACGGCAGCCAUGGAGAGCUUCGAUCAGAUGAACAGCUCCCUCAUAUCUUCCAACAUCAGCCUGCAGAAAUCCCUUCUGGAGAACUGUCAGAGAAGGGUCGGCGUGAAAGAUGAGGUGAAGAGUUUGCGGAGCACCUGUGAGAAAACACAACAAGAACUCAGAGAAAAGGAGAAGGAGCUGGCAGCAGCGCAGGUUGAAAACCAGUCUUUGAAACUGCAGGUGGAGUCUGCACAGGAGGCUCACAAUCAGGCGAUGCAGAAGCUCUCAGAAAAGCUCCAGCGGGAGUACGACGAGAAGCUGCAGGAGGAACAACGGAAACACAGGGAGGAGAUUGAAAAGCUACAGGCCCAACUCGAUGAGUACAUCAGGCGACUGGAGGAAGCAGAGAGAAAUAUCAGGAUUGCAGAGGCCAAGAUUGAGGAGAGGGACCAGAGGAUUAUUGAACUGGAUCGUCUGCUGGACUGUAUGGGAAAGGAAAAAAGUCAGCUCUGCAAGAAGCUGCAGGAAUGUGAACAGCGCCUACGCUUGCUGGAGCUGACAGACCAGACCGAUGCAAGUGUAGUCAAAAAGUCCAAAGAGCUGCAAGCUGAAUCUGUGGAUCUCCGUGAGAGAAUCAAACACUUGAACGACAUGGUGUUCUGCCAACAGAGGAAAGUCAAAGGAAUGAUCGAGGAGGUUCAAUCACUGCGAGCUCAAGUUGCUCAGAAGGACAUGUUCAUCUCAGAGCUCCUGGACAGAAUCGCGAUAGUGGAGUGUGAGAAUAAUGAAUUAGAAGACAAGCUCAAGUAUUUUAUGUCCACACAGAAUAGGCCCCACGAGGAAACCAGGGAGGUAGGAGUAGGCUGCGAUCUGCUCCUCAGCCAAGAAGCUAAAAGGCAUGAUGUUGAGCCUACCUGUCAUGAAUCAACUCAUCUCCAUACCAUACAAGAACUACUACCUGCUCCACCUCCACCACCACCAGUGAAACCUUCACCAUCCACUCUACCUCCACCCUCCACACAACCUCCACCCCCCUCACAACCUACAUCCCCCACACCACCACUAUCUCCCCCACCACCUCUAUCUCCCCCACCACCUCUAUCUCCCACCCAACCUCUAUCUCCUAUUCAACCUUCAUCCCCGAUACAACCUGCAUUCCCAGUACAACCAUCCUCCCCAAUACAACCUGCAUUCCCAAUACAACCAUCCUCCCCGAUACAACCUGCAUUCCCGAUACAACCUGCAUUCCCGAUACAACCUUCAUCUCCCACACAACCUUCACCCCCUACAUCUCCCACUCAAAGUCCAUUCCACUAUCUAACAAUGCCCACCCAACCAAGGACGUUCAAGUCUAACAACCCUCCACCCAGCAGGCUGGAGUCCAGUUUACUGAGGUACACUCCUGUCCAAUACAGCCGCUUCCUGCAGUCCAACCCCUCAGUAUCAAGUGGGAUGUUUCCCUACACCCGCCCGUCUGACUCGCCUCCUGCGAAUCCAGUCCAGUCAGGGACAGAUGAGGUGGACGCGGAAACAAACACAGACACACGAUCAAGUUCUGAGGAAUCCACGUCUUCCCUGUCCUCUCUGCGACCUAGAUCAAGAGUACCUCAGGUUUAUACGCCGUUCAUGAAACUUAUGGAAAUAACAGCAAACAUAAACAUAGAGCUAACAGUGAUGAUGAUGUCCUCGUCGUGGACGGAGCGCCAGGGACAGGUGGGAGACCUGAGACACCAGAGCAAAGAGGAGCUCCAAGAACUGCUCCUGCGACAGGAGAAGAUACUCUCUAACAAGAGGUUUGUACAGAAUCUUCCUGACAAAGGGAAAAAAAUAAAGGACUUCGCAGAGAAACUGCGCCUUGCCAUUGAACAUCAUGAUGAAGAGGAGAGGAGACAGGGCUUGGUGUCCGCUGCCAGGACAGAGUUACAGUCCAAGUAUCAGCAAGCUUUCACUUUGCAACGGCGUGAUAUCCCCAACACACCAGCAGACUCACACCUCAACAGGCAAAUUGAGGCUGCUGCAAGCAAUGCGGUACAGGACAGGGAGACAUUACCUGUCUCAGCUCAUGUGCUAGAAAAUAACACUUUGAAUGAGCAACAGGACCGGUUUGUCUCCAGAGCAGCUGCUGGUGAAACCAUGGAGACGGCUGCUGCUGGGGCCUCUCUGAACUCUGAUGGGACAAAAGAGAAUGACCUUGUGGAGGCCUUGGAAAGGGUCAGAGUGUCUGAAACUAGUACUGGUUUCAGUAGCGAGUCCAAAGACGCAUUAAACAGCACAGCAAGAGACAAUUACUUCCUCCGAAAGCAAACACCAAAGAAGCCUCACUAUGUAACUGUCCUGGAAAAAACGGAGAAGACACCAGCUACCAGGAAGCAAAAAUUCAAACCAAAUCAGCUACCCAACAGAAGUGACAUCUCUCCAUCAGGAUCCUCGUCACCCAGCCAGUCUUCUGAAGGCUCAUCACCGCUUUCUGCUCAGGCCAGGAGGGAGCGGGACAGAAAACACCUGGAUGACAUCACUGCAGCCAAACUCCCUCCUCUCCACCACAGUCCGGUCCAGCUUCUGUCUUUGGAUGAGUCGGCCAUUCUCCUGAGGGAACAAACCAAAAAGCAGCAGGAGUUGCAGGCCAAGCUGGCAGCCCAGAAACUGUCUGAGGGAUUGAAGAUCUCUAUGGGGAGCUACACUCCUGACAGUGGCCCCAUGGCUGCCUACAGAGAGGUUCACGAUGAAGGAGCCCAGCUCUCCUCAGAGGAGGACUGAUCCUGGAAGGCUGGAGCUGGGGAAACCGGUGUGACCUUGGCCCUGAGGGAAACAAGCUUUGGACCUCGCAAUCAGGACCCAUCAAACAGGAUUUUAGCUCCAAGGACAAGAAUUCUUAAGAGAGGAAAAGAGUCUUUGCAGCAUGUGAAGGCAGAGUUGCUAUCCAGACUCAGCUCAGGAAAUUGAAUGGCGGGCAUUCAGUCAUUCAGCUCGUAUUGGGUUCAGUUGUUUCAGUGUCCUGCAGGAAUAAUAAUACCUGCUGCUGAGCGGGAGUCUGAAAUGCUAAAUUUAAAGCAUGUAGGGGAAUGUUACUCGUCACAAUACUGAGACUGAUGCUGUCAGGACUGUUUUAACCUGAGAGUAUUAUAUGUUGAGAUUUUACUAUAUUAAAAAUUAAAUGCACUUAAAGCCCAUCAGCAGGCGGAGCAGACUGUUUUGGCACAAAGGUGAUUGUUUACAACUUUGUUUAAAAAAAAAUAAACAUGAGCCUGCAGUGGUUUAUCAAAUUUUAAUUAUUGCAGAAUGUGUGACAGAGUUCAAUAAAUGUAUCUGAUUUCCCAAA